AUGGUACGCAUUGGGACAUUACCGAUGAGGCUUUUAGCUUUACGUUACGGUGCAGAUAUCGUAUACACAGAAGAACUAAUUGAUUGGAAGCUAUUGCGAUCAAAGCGAAGACUGAAUGGAAUACUUAAUACAAUUGACUAUGUAGAUCAAACUGAUGGUACAAUAGUAUUUCGUACUUGUAUAGAAGAGAAAGAACGAGUUGUAUUACAACUUGGUACAUCUGACGCUGUAAGAGCAUUGACAGUGGCUAAAAUGGUGGAAAAUGAUGUUGCUGGUAUUGAUAUUAAUAUGGGAUGCCCAAAAGAAUUUUCUGUUAAAGGAGGAAUGGGUGUUGCUCUUCUAGAACAAACAGAUAAAGCUUAUAAAAUAUUGCACACAUUAGUAGUAAACCUCUCUAUUCCAGUAACUUGUAAAAUAAGAAUAUUUGAGACAGGUGAUGAAACAUUAAAUGUUGUUAAAAAGCUAGUUAGUACUGGAAUUAAAGCAAUUGCUAUUCAUGGUAGAACUAAGAAUGAACGUCCACAACAUGCUGUACAUACUGAUAUUAUACGGUAUGUUGCCGAGCGGAUUCCAAUACCGGUUAUAGCAAAUGGAGGUUCCAAAGAAAUAGAAAAAUACAAUGAUAUUUUAAAAUUUAAAGAAAUGACAGGUUGCACAAGUGUCAUGCUUGCACGGGCAGCUGAAUGGAAUUGUUCUAUAUUUAGAAAAGAAGGCCUGUUGUCAAUGGACACUGUUAUUAAAGAAUAUCUUAAAAUUGCAGUUGAUUAUGACAAUUCACCCUCAAAUACAAAGUAUUGCAUACAAAAUAUAUUAAGAGAGUUACAAGAAACACCAAGAGGUAGAAAGUUUUUGGAAUGCCAGACGCUGGAUCAAAUAUGUGCCAUAUGGGAUUUAGGUGACUAUUGUGUAGAAAAGCAAUCACAAUAUCAAAAAAUGGGCAUUAAAGGAAGGUGGCAAGUUACUCCUGAUGAUUUGGAACCCCCAAUAAAAAAGCAGAAGGCUGAUGGACUCUGUAUGAAAGAUGUUAUCCAAAUGAAGGUAUGUUUUAUUCGUGAU